AUGGAGUUGACUCUGAUUCUCAAUUCACAUUUCUCACUCCUGGCAACGUGUUGGGAUCAGUGUCAGUGUUGGAUCAAGGGGUUGAGACGGCGUCAUGGUCAGGGCGACAUGCCAGGAACAAUGUUGGGGUUAGAUUGGACCAACUUACCACGAUCGGCGGGAACAAUAGCCGACAGCGAUGACUUGGUAAUAGAAAUCCUUAUGCGGCUGCCAUUGAAGUCUCUGAUCAGGUUCAAAUCCGUAUCCAAACACUGGCUCUCUCUCAUUUCCGAACCCAAAUUUCACCGCUGCCACAACCGCAUCCUUAACCCUAUCUCCGGCCUCUUCUUGAAUAACUCCAAAUUCAUGUAUUCUUUUUGCACCAUUAAUGGGGAAUUCGACUACGUGAAUCUCGACAAAAGCUCCUAUUCCUCUCAACCUCCCAUUAAAUCUGGCGAUUUCGGCGAAUCCGGUUUCAGAAUCGUGCAGUCCUGCAAUGGAUUGUUCUUGUGUUCAAGACAUUUACACCCUAAAGCAUUCGGCAAUUUCGUCUGCAAUCCCAUCACAAAGAAGUACACCCCUCUCCCUAGGAUUUCCUGGCAUUGGAGGGAUUGGAGUGGCUGUAUCAGGAUCAUGAAUAGUUUCAGCCUCAGUUUGGCCUUUGACCCUUGGGAGUCCUCUCACUACAAGGUCGUUUGCGUUAGGAACAGCGACUCGCAUAGGGACCAUUAUCAGAUCCAGAUUUACUCAUCGGAGACUCGCCGUUGGUGGCUCUCCGGCGACCCUGUUUACGUAGACUACUCAGUUAUCUAA